CUCAAAAUGAAGUCAAGCAAGCUUUCAUAAAUAAUGUUUAGUAAAUUGUCAAUAAUAUUUAAUUCAAUAUAUUUUUUAUCAUAAACAUUUUGUUGUUAGUUCAUACGUGUUUACUACUUAUAUAAAGUAUUACUGUGACUGAGUUUACCAUGAGCUUCUUUCGUCCAUCAACUGUGCCAUGAAAUGAUUUUAUAAUGGCUUCUUCUGAAAAUUGGUUUAAUCGGAGGAAAGGCAAAACCACCAGUGAUGUGUUUAAAUUGGACAUUAAAAACAAAACACCAAAGGAAAAUGUAAUAUCAAUAAUUGAAGGGCUGUACUUAAUGAAACCGUUUCAUCAUGAGGUUUCACCCACAAGCAAAACUGUACCGAAGGUCACAGUGUUCCGUGGAGCUCAGAGAAGUAGCUCAGACACCCGCAAACUGUCCUACUUGAAUGCAUUGGUGACGCUCCUAGGCAAGGAGGACAUCAGCAACCUGGGAUUCACUUCUGAUGAAUUGAUGACAUGCAUAAGAAUAAGCCUGGUGGAUGAGUCUAUGGUGUUGAGAGCUGCAGCUUUAAGAGUGCUCAGAUAUUUGAUCAGAUCGGAAAGUGAUGUAGCGACUUUCAAUAACCUGAGGUUGCCUUAUCUGGUCACAAGGUCAAUGGACCUCAUGCUACGCAACGAAGAGGAGCGCGCCCAAGCACUCCGCGUGGUCCGCCGCGUGGUGGCGAUAGUCGGGUGCGUGGGCCCGCGGAGACUCCGCGCCGCGCGCGUGGACGAGGGGCUGUUGCGGUGCCUGGCCGCGGUCGCCAGGGCGGGCGCCGGCGAUGGCUCGCCUGACCGGCUUGCGAGGCCCGCUAUUGCGACGCUCGCUGAGAUCUGCGUGCUCAACCCCGAUCUAUUCAUCGCCUGCGGCGGUGUAACAGCAGUGUCCCGUCAGCUAGCCGAGUGCGCCACGCCGCACAUGGCCGAGGCGCUUUGCGGCGUACUUCUACACAUGCUCAACGAACCCGCCUCGAGGAACGCCGCCAGGGUAGACCUCGCCUGCCUCAGCUUCCCGUACUGCGACUUCCACAACAGGCCCCAGGGGGAUGCUAACAAGGACGAGCGCGAGAUGCGGUUCACCUGCAGCCGGCUAGCGUUGCUCUGCGUGCUGCGCAGCUGGCCCGGCCUGCUGCACUUCUGCCACCCGCGCAACACCGGCGGCCUGCGGGCCAUGGUCUCCGCGCUCUACCUGCCUAGAUUGGAAGUCAGGAAAGCGAUAUUAGAUCUGUUGUAUGAGCUCGUUGGAUUGCCUCAGCCAGAGUGGACGGACGAGAUUUCUGUGGCGCUAGACGCUGUGGAUCCGUCUGACUUCCAAGACUCGUGGCGACUAAACGAGGGCUUCGUGGCCGCGGAGGGCACAGCCAUUCUAUCUCACCUCAGCGCGACUGGCUCUGAUAUCACUGAGAUCCAUCUUGCGCUGCUACUACAAUGCUUUUUAGAGGCUGGUUUACUAGACGGCCUGACUGAAGUGAUAGUGACGAGCGACACGUUCAUAUCCGUCCGCGCGACCGUUCUCCUCGGUCAACUGCUGCAUUUAAUACACCUCCUCCUGCCUCCCCAAGUGUGCAGCAUAACGCCAGCGCUGCCUCUGCUCAUGUCACAAGCGGCCAGCGGUCGGCCGCAAGCUUUAGCGGCAGUAGCGGCCCUUAGACGUCUCCACGCCAUACACGAAGCGCGCCCGGCCAGCCAUUCCCUGUUCCUCGACCAUAUCAUACAAUACUGUAGCGGCGCCUACAGACACAAACCUGAAGAUACCUCAAAAAGUAGAAAAGAAAUAGACAACGCCAACAUGGCUAAGCCUAAAAGCUUCAUGUACAAGGAUAAUAGCAUAGAAUUCCUCAACGAGUCUGAUAAUGAAGAACCGAAACAACGGCACAGCGUCGGCUCGCGCGCCGAUGUCGCAAACCGAAACUAUGAAGUGUUAGUGAAAAGUAAAAGUGUUAGCUCUCGGACGGGUGCCGCGGUGAGCAAAGUGACUAAAUCGGCCAAGUUCUUUAAUCUGUUCGAUCGUGAUAGUGACAAUCUGAUUCGGUGUACGUUGGUGAUGCAGAAUAAGGAUGGCAACACGUGGAAUUGGGAGUUUAUCAGGGCUAUUUUGAAGGAGAACGACACCGCGCCGCUCCUAAACCUGUGCGAUAGUGGGCACAAGGCGUGGGUCGCACGCAUCAUCAACUACCUGAAACCUUCCUCCAACAAGUACUCCCACACGGACUUGUCUACCACAUCCAACGGGCACUCUACUACCCGGGCUGGCUGCCAGCUAAUCAGACACUUGCUUCGGCACAAUGAUGCCGACUCUCAAAGACUGCUAGAAGAGCUGUUCUGGGACGUGAGCCGACAAGUGGAAGCCAUCGAGACCGGGCGGCGCGCCCACGAGUGCCUGUUCAGCCCGCAGCACAUGAGCAACACCAUGUGCCAGAUGUACUUCCUCUUCAUCGGCCAGCUGUGCCACUCGCACACCGGCCUCGACCUGCUCAAGCUGACCAACUUGUAUGACAAUCUUCUGGAACUUUCGACAAAAACCCACCACAGUUGCUACGUGAAACUAGUCAUAUCUAGCCUCGACUACACCCUCGACUCUUACCCACGGGACAUCCUAGCCAAAACCUUGACCUGUAGCAUUCAAGCUUCGAGACUGUACGCCACUCAAUUCCUUACGGUCUUACUACGGGCCUCGCAAAAAUCUAAAGAAUUGGUUCGAAGAAGAUCAAAGUUGAAAAGGAACUUGGUUCAGGAGCAUUUGAAAUCGUCUCAAAGAGAGGAGGAAACUAGUGGGGUGGAUAUGGAUACUUGGUUGCUGCAGAUGCUUAUAGCACAGCUGAAGGACGAGUCGAAGACGGUGGUCAAGUGCGCUGUGAUGGCGUUAGAGGAAGCAUAUAGCGUACCUGCCUUAUUAGAGAAGCUAGUGCUUCAAAAGGACGUGGUCGGGCACUACUGCCGGUUCGACUGUAGCACGGAGCCGUCCGCGCUGGACUUGUCGGUGGCGGGCGACCGCGGGUACGUGGUCUGGCUCGGGCUGGAGAUCGCGGCCGCGGCCGGCGACCAGCACGAUCACAAGGCGAAGGCGUUCAUCAAGAAACAUGUGGAUUACUGGGCCAAGAACUACAAUUACAGAUACGUGCGCCUGGUGGAGGCGGCGAUCCACGACGCGCUGGCGCUGUGCUCGGGCGGCGGCGGCGCGCGGGCGCGGGCGCGGCGCACGGCGCGGCCGCCGCCGCACGCGCUGCACGCACUCGCACGCGCCUCACACCUAGCGCGGGCCAUGCUGCCGCAGGCGCUGCAGCCUGCUCUAGCGGUACGUAACACACAGAUACGUGCGCCUGGUGGAGGCGGCGAUCCACGACGCGCUGGCGCUGUGCUCGGGCGGCGGCGGCGCGCGGGCGCGGGCGCGGCGCACGGCGCGGCCGCCGCCGCACGCGCUGCACGCACUCGCACAUACGUGCGCCUGGUGGAGGCGGCGAUCCACGACGCGCUGGCGCUGUGCUCGGGCGGCGGCGGCGCGCGGGCGCGGGCGCGGCGCACGGCGCGGCCGCCGCCGCACGCGCUGCACGCACUCGCACGCGCCUCACACCUAGCGCGGGCCAUGCUGCCGCAGGCGCUGCAGCCUGCUCUAGCGGCGGCGAUCCACGACGCGCUGGCGCUGUGCUCGGGCGGCGGCGGCGCGCGGGCGCGGGCGCGGCGCACGGCGCGGCCGCCGCCGCACGCGCUGCACGCACUCGCACGCGCCUCACACCUAGCGCGGGCCAUGCUGCCGCAGGCGCUGCAGCCUGCUCUAGCGGCGGCGAUCCACGACGCGCUGGCGCUGUGCUCGGGCGGCGGCGGCGCGCGGGCGCGGGCGCGGCGCACGGCGCGGCCGCCGCCGCACGCGCUGCACGCACUCGCACGCGCCUCACACCUAGCGCGGGCCAUGCUGCCGCAGGCGCUGCAGCCUGCUCUAGCGGCGGCGAUCCACGACGCGCUGGCGCUGUGCUCGGGCGGCGGCGGCGCGCGGGCGCGGGCGCGGCGCACGGCGCGGCCGCCGCCGCACGCGCUGCACGCACUCGCACGCGCCUCACACCUAGCGCGGGCCAUGCUGCCAUACGUGCGCCUGGUGGAGGCGGCGAUCCACGACGCGCUGGCGCUGUGCUCGGGCGGCGGCGGCGCGCGGGCGCGGGCGCGGCGCACGGCGCGGCCGCCGCCGCACGCGCUGCACGCACUCGCACGCGCCUCACACCUAGCGCGGGCCAUGCUGCCGCAGGCGCUGCAGCCUGCUCUAGCGGUGUUGCAACGCAAAACGUGCGUCACCGAGCAAGAGAUAAUGGACGUGAAAGCGUCUCUCUGGGCCGUCGGCAACGCCGCGCUGCACCCGCUAGGGCUCCAACAACUUCUCUCUUUGACUAACCCCAGCGAAGAGUCGAUACCGGUUCGGAUCGUGGCGCUGGCAAAACAUUGCCCUGUCUACUCUGUGCGGGCCACUGCUUUCUACGUGCUUGGACUGAUCGGGAGCACUUAUGAAGGAGCUAACUUGCUGUCGGACCUAGGUUGGCUGUGCGUGCGACAUACAAGGCACGACCAAUUCCCCAUAAUCCAGGACGAAUUUUACGCCAUCCACAACCCGACACUCAACUUCAUCGGGUCCCCCGAACGGAGAUUUCAAGUAUUCGACACAGAGGCCAGCGAGCACUCAGACCACACCGACCUCAGCGAGAGCCUGCACUCAGAGAUCACCAAACCGAGCAAAAUCAACGAACUGAACCAAGACAUGGUCGAUAGCAAGCUUAACAUCAAAGAACCGGAUAAAAGAAAGUCGCACACCCUCCCCUCUCAAGGCGCUUCGAUUAGCCGCACGCUUAUGACCGAGUCCAGAACGGUGGAAAUACUUAGGGAUUUCGAUCGGCCGCAUAGGAACCCCGCGGAGAGACUUAUUGGCAGAAUGAACUCUUUGGAACAUGCUCACGAAGGCAGGGUGAGGAAUACGAGCGAGUCGAGCACGAGUGGCGUUAGCAGCUGCGAUUCUGUGCUCGGGAAAUAUACGAUUCCUGACCGAGUUCUGACGCUAAGUCCCAUACCAAGCUCGUCGAGCCUUUACGGAAUGAAAGGCAGUAGCGGCUCGCAUCGACCAAGGCUGUCAGAGACGCAGCGGCGGACUUCAAGUUCAAGUUUCACAGCACCAGAUGUGUCGAGCUCGCCGCCCUCUCAGUUAGACAUGAGUGGAUAUGCCACCUUAAUAUCACUCAAUAAACACAGACGACCUCACUUGUCGGAGAGUGCUGCGUCGGGCUCGAGUGACAUGGACGAUCUAAGCUGGCUAUUGUCUGACACACACCGGCGCAGCAAACCCUUCUCAUCGUUGAGGGACCGCGGCAAGUCAACUAGAGAGAGAAUGGCCAAGUUGAGCUUGCUGGACUACGACUGGAAGCCCCUGUGCGUGGCCGAGAGCGGGUCGGGCGAGGCGCGCGCGCCGCGGAGCACCGCCGCGCAGGCCGCGCCCGCGCCCGCCGCCGCCGCCGGCCCGCCGCCACACUACAUCGGCAUCUGCCUCCCAAGGGACCUGCAGGCGCUGUUCCCGAGGCCGCGCCCGUGCCCGCCGCCGCCGCCGGCCCGCCGCCACACUACAUCGGCAUCUGCCUCCCAAGGGACCUGCAGGCGCUGUUCCCGAGGUGAGUCCCGUGUGUCCACUGUGCUGCACCACUCCCACACAGGCCGCGCCCGCGCCCGCCGCCGCACUACAUCGGCAUCUGCCUCCCAAGGGACCUGCAGGCGCUGUUCCCGAGGUGAGUCCCGUGUGUCCACUGUGCUGCACCACUCCCACACAGGCCGCGCCCGUGCCCGCCGCCGCCGCCGGCCCGCCGCCACACUACAUCGGCAUCUGCCUCCCAAGGGACCUGCAGGCGCUGUUCCCGAGGUGAGUCCCGUGUGUCCACUGUGCUGCACCACUCCCACACAGGCCGCGCCCGCGCCCGCCGCCGCACUACAUCGGCAUCUGCCUCCCAAGGGACCUGCAGGCGCUGUUCCCGAGGUGAGUCCCGUGUGUCCACUGUGCUGCACCACUCCCACACAGGCCGCGCCCGUGCCCGCCGCCGCCGCCGGCCCGCCGCCGCACUACAUCGGCAUCUGCCUCCCAAGGGACCUGCAGGCCGCGCCCGCGCCCGCCGCCGCACUACAUCGGCAUCUGCCUCCCAAGGGACCUGCAGGCGCUGUUCCCGAGGUGAGUCCCGUGUGUCCACUGUGCUGCACCACUCCCACACAGGCCGCGCCCGCGCCCGCCGCCGCACUACAUCGGCAUCUGCCUCCCAAGGGACCUGCAGGCGCUGUUCCCGAGGUGAGCCCCGUGUGUCCACUGUGCUGCACCACUCCCACACAGGCCGCGCCCGCGCCCGCCGCCGCCGCCGGCCCGCCGCCGCACUACAUCGGCAUCUGCCUCCCAAGGGACCUGCAGGCGCUGUUCCCGAGGCCGCGCCCGCGCCCGCCGCCGCACUACAUCGGCAUCUGCCUCCCAAGGGACCUGCAGGCGCUGUUCCCGAGGCCGCGCCCGCGCCCGCCGCCGCCGCCGGCCCGCCGCCGCACUACAUCGGCAUCUGCCUCCCAAGGGACCUGCAGGCGCUGUUCCCGAGGUGAGUCCCGUGUGUCCACUGUGCUGCACCACUCCCACACAGGCCGCGCCCGCGCCCGCCGCCGCCGCCGGCCCGCCGCCGCACUACAUCGGCAUCUGCCUCCCAAGGGACCUGCAGGCGCUGUUCCCGAGGUGAGUCCCGUGUGUCCACUGUGCUGCACCACUCCCACACAGGCCGCGCCCGCGCCCGCCGCCGCACUACAUCGGCAUCUGCCUCCCAAGGGACCUGCAGGCGCUGUUCCCGAGGUGAGUCCCGUGUGUCCACUGUGCUGCACCACUCCCACACAGGCCGCGCCCGCGCCCGCCGCCGCACUACAUCGGCAUCUGCCUCCCAAGGGACCUGCAGGCGCUGUUCCCGAGGUGAGUCCCGUGUGUCCACUGUGCUGCACCACUCCCACACAGGCCGCGCCCGCGCCCGCCGCCGCCGCCGGCCCGCCGCCGCACUACAUCGGCAUCUGCCUCCCAAGGGACCUGCAGGCGCUGUUCCCGAGGCCGCGCCCGCGCCCGCCGCCGCCGCACUACAUCGGCAUCUGCCUCCCAAGGGACCUGCAGGCGCUGUUCCCGAGGCCGCGCCCGCGCCCGCCGCCGCACUACAUCGGCAUCUGCCUCCCAAGGGACCUGCAGGCGCUGUUCCCGAGGCGCUGUUCCCGAGGUGAGUCCCGUGUGUCCACUGUGCUGCACCACUCCCACACAGGCCGCGCCCGCGCCCGCCGCCGCCGCCGGCCCGCCGCCGCACUACAUCGGCAUCUGCCUCCCAAGGGACCUGCAGGCGCUGUUCCCGAGGUGAGUCCCGUGUGUCCACUGUGCUGCACCACUCCCACACAGGCCGCGCCCGCGCCCGCCGCCGCCGCCGGCCCGCCGCCGCACUACAUCGGCAUCUGCCUCCCAAGGGACCUGCAGGCGCUGUUCCCGAGUGAAUUACAUGAUAUCGAUGUGGAUGAGAAAGACCCUCUGAAAGUGAACAAAUCCUCGACAUUAGUGAACGAUACGAGCAUCGCUAGCACAGAAAAGCCACGAUUAAGUAAAUGUCUCGAAGUGGACGUGUCAAGCUCGACCGACGUCAGCUCACGAAUAUCUGUCACCACUGUCACCAGCAGAACGUUAAUCGACAAAAACAAAGAAGCUAACCAGAAGGAAAACGAGAAGAGCAUCGAACGACAAAGUAGUGUCGAACGCAGCGUCAAUGAUCCCAGACAUCCCAGUUCGAAUGUUCCUUGUCAGGAGGAGUCCUCAAACGAUGGGACGUGGAGGCACGCGGCCAACGAGUGCUUGGCGUGCGUGCGGACAAGGCCGCCGUCCUCGCAUGAGUUGAGAGAGGCGUUUUUCCUUGGUUUGGAAGGUGGGUCCGGCGCCGGCAGCGCCGCCGCGCCCGCGCAUGCGCCCGCGCCCGCGCCCGCUCCCGCGCCCGCGCCGCAGACCGAGCUGCUGCACCACGUGCGCUGCAUGUCCAACCCCAUCUACCUGCGGCAGACGCGUUCAGCGGUGUUGUCGCUGAAGCAUAAGUACCCGGACGUGUUCCGCAGCGUGUGCGUGUACUCGGACGUGUGCGGGCAGCUCGCGCGCGCCACCUACCUCAUGUGCGCGCGCCGCUUCCUGCACGACCUCUUCCUCGACGCCACCUUCGAGUGCUUCGCCGGGGAACCGAGGGCGCUGCUCGCCCGGCACAAGCCUGCAGUGCCGGUGCCGGUGCCGGUGCCGGUGCCGGAGGCGAACGAGUAGCACAGGUGCGGCGAGGAACGAUGGCGAACCAGAAAAAGUUGUGGUAUCGACCUAUAUGUUCAGGUUGGGACGGUUGUUUAUCAUUUUUCUUACGUGGAACAACAAUGAUUGCGAGGAUAUUAAAGUUAACUGUUGGUGGAAUUCUGUGGAGACUGGGUUACCUACCUCAUUUACGCCAAGGAGGAGCGUGCAAGUGUGAUAUCCAAAGCGGAAGUAUAAUACGAUUGGAUUUUUCAACUGAAAGUGGCAUGAACCGAUGAUAUCAUUUGCUAAGUGUGCUAGUGUAUUUUGCUUACGUAGAGAUUCUGCAACUUAUAAUAUCGACGAUCUAGCCAAGAUCGCAGGGUAUCUUUUAGAACAGGACACGACAAUUUUGCGAGGCAUUUCAGCAACAUACUUUUUAUAGGAAAUAUUACGUAUGGAGCAAAUAAACCGCUAAGGGUUCGCAUGAACUACAUACUCCUAAAAGAACAAAAGAAAUAGCAUUGUGCUUGGUGAUAGUGAUUGCUGACAACUACCAGAAAGAAAUUUAUAUGUAAUCGUUAAUUGGUGCCACUUUUUAGUUAUGCACAGAAGAAAUGAUUUGGAACGUUGACCGACUCGAGCAAAGAUACAACCGUGUCAUUGGACUCGAAUGUACCUAAAGUGUAUUGCGUCUCACAUUUUGCUUAAUGACUUAAUAUAUAAACCGACUUUGUAAAUGAAAGAGGGAAAUCGCUGAAUGUCACGCGGUAAAGGAGUAUUUAGGCCGAGUUCAUUCGGGACGAAUAAGUACCUACACCCUAAAAACAUACGAAUGAUUGUUGAAUUUACGACUUUUUGUUAAACUGUGUUUUUACUGAACCCUGGCACAAUUGUUGCCACUUUACUUCUACAAAUAUAAAGAGCUAGCAUGUUCUAGUAUUGACGAAGUACGUUUUAAAAACAGGUAAGCCAGAAUAUUUUAUCAUUUUUAGGCGAACGAGUUGGCUGUUUAUUUAAUCGCCAUAUUUUGUGUUGUCUCCUGUGAACGGCCUGAUCCUCGUUAAACAUUUUGUGCUAUCUCCUGUGAACACGGCCUGAUCCUCGUCAAACAUAUUUUGUGCUGUCUCCUGUGAACACGGCCUGAUCCUCGUUAAACAUAUUUUGUGCUGUCUCCUGUGAACACGGCCUGAUCCUCGUUAAACAUAUUUUGUCAAUGAACUAACAAUCCGCGCCAUAUUGAUAUUACCAUGAUGACGGUAUGACUUCCUAUAUUAGUGGUAUUACGGCCGUGUAUUAUUUUUCUAUGUGUACAGAAAGAUUAUGUUAUUUAUGUUAUGAUAUUUGUAGCUGCGGAUACCGGUUCGUGAUUAUGCCUUUUAAACGACGUUCGGAAAUGUUGCAAAUUUACAUAAGACAUGCGCGUUUACUGAGUUUGCUUACUGUCUGGACUCUAGAGAGAAAGAAAAGAGUUGUGGUAUAACAGCAGCACCUAAUUCUUUCAAAUUCUAUAAUAUCAUUUGACCUUUAUUUUCCCUUCAUUUAAAUAUCGUAUCAUGUCAAGUGACUUAAAAAUAUGCGUCGACACGUCGACAGUAAUGCGCUUAUGUUUCGAGCCCUUUUUCUGUACAUCGUCACAAAUUAAUUGGUUAUCCGCAGUGAUAAGUAAAGUUGAAUAUUAUGUUAAACUGAAUCUUCUUGACUUGUUUCAAUCGGAGCUUCCGAUUAAAUAACACCAGAUCAUCUAGCGAGUAGUUUUAAAACUUGUUUCAAAUCUGAUUUCUUAUGAAGGAGCUCUUAGUUUGAUGCGGUCCAUAAUCUGCUUUGUAAUAUACAGCUAUCUAUAUAUAUUAUUAUUUAUUUGUGUGUUGUACUUUAAUCAUUAAUAAUUAUUGAUUAUUUUUAAUGUUUAUAAAUGCUCGCGGAAAACUAAGGGUCUCUUGACGUGUGAAAAUUCCGGAAAAAUAUAUUUAUAAGUGAAACAUGCUAGAACUCUGGUUCUAUUUAGUCUCAACAAGCUCAUGAAAUAAAACUAUGAAAACGGAUUAUAUCGCGUAUAUUGAAUUUAUAAUACAUCCCGACGUUUCGAACUCUUUACAGCGUUCGUGGUCAACGGGUGAAUAACGGGCGAUAUAAUCCGUUUUCAUAGUUUUAUUUCAUGAGUAACUAUCGCGGUAACCGAAGACAAUAUUAUCUCAACAAGCUCGUUAAGAUGGCGUAACGAUUUGAGUCGCAAAAACGUAAAAUUGAUGAAUUUCGUCAGUGAAAUUGUACACUUUUUAUUAACUAAUAGAACCCAUUUUAAUAGAUCAAAUUUUUUAAAACAGACUCGCUAAAUUAGUAUUUUUUUUUCUGAUGGACGUUUAGGUAAACGCGCGUAAAGCACUGAUUUUAAAGCACUUUUUGUAAAUUUCGUAAAGUUUGGAUUGCUAAAAAUGGUAAUUUUAAAAUAAAAUGGUAAAAAUAUUAAACCUUCCGUUUGCUGUAGAUAAUCUCGCAAAAAAGUGUAGGGGCGAAAAAAGCGAAUCGUUACUUGCUUGUUUACUAAUUGCAGUAAUUUUUUUAUAAUAUAGGGAAGCCACUAUGUACUGUCAAAUGCUACACUGAGGAGUUAAGCUAUGAUGGCGUCCGAGAUUAAGAUUUUCCGCUCACGGGUAUAACAGACGGAUCGGACAUAAGGUUAACUACAUAUGUACAUGCGUUCCUCGCUAACUAAAGUCGCUCACUGCCUGUGUUCAAUAACUAUAAAUGAAUUUAUACCUUAAUAAUUACGAAUCUACAGUUGCAUUUAAAUAUGAUUAAUAGUGUAUAUAGAAAUUACCUCCUUUACUUGUCAACUGUUUGCUUUAAAAUUACGUUUUUAUGAAUAGUAACUGGCAGCACCCUACAUUAGGCAUUAUGUGUUGCCAGUCAUCAUAUAAAUUCGGAGCUUAGGUAUUUUAGAAUAUUUAGCCCUGCUAGCAUUAUCUUGGAUAUAAAUAAGUUUUAAAAUGCUGUCGGCGAACGGAAGCAGAACUUUAUACCCACAGUAAAAGCUAGCUCCCAUAGAGUGCAAGAAUAUUUGUCGCGCUACUAAAAGGGUCCGUCAUAUUCGAUCGGUUACGGCUGUCAUGCCCGCGAUAACUUGGUGCACGGACAAAUGUUCUUCGCGUUGCGUUUCGCCUAUCGAUAAAUAGGUUGUAACGUCGUUGAUGGGGGCAAUUGGCAAACAUCGAAAUCUAAAAGUCGUCUAUCUGCAAUAGUGCAAGUGAUAGAGGUAAUUAUAGAUUAAAAUUUCGAUGUUUACGGUAUCCCUCCCGUGUCGUAUUAACUUUGUUCCGCGAAGUGUAAAUCGGGCGUUUUCAAAAAGCCCGGGGCCUUUAAUUAGAGCGGUAAAUACCAUCGUGUUGGCCACUCUCGUGUGUUCCGCAGUUAUUCUCAUGACAAUAGCCCAUUGCCUUAUAUAUUACUUCGUAAAGCCGGGCCUUACGAAGUAAUAUAUAAGUCAAUGCAAUAGCCAGUAUUCGCGAUGACUGUACAAUCACCAUUCCCCCUCGACUUUAGUGUAUUUUAGUAACAUGUCCCACCUAUGCAUUCAAUACGAAAUCUUCCUAAUAAUGUACCUAUAGUUUCAAGAAAGCAUACAAAUAAAUACAUGUGACUGUACCUUGUGUUCAAUCAAUACUUCUUAUAUUUUGCAUUUAGUAUUUUGUUAGUUUUCUUUAUGAUUAUGAACAUGUUAUUUUUUAUGUUGACUCAAACAUUGUAGGUACCUAGUAAUUUAUGUCGUCAUAUUUAAUUAUAACUAUUACUUAUAAGUAUUAUGCAUGCAAGAAGAAAGUCACAGUUACUAUUUGUUAUUUAAUUAUUUGUUAUGUAAUCUACGCCUAAUGUUAUUUUUGGGGAUAUCCUAUAAGUUAUAUAGCAAUAUUCAAUUCAAUAAUAUGAUUCAGUAUUUUAAAACUUCACUUUGUGCUGGCCCUUCUUUGCAAGGGUUGAUUAUCACAGUUUUAUCUGUCUUUAAUUGGCUGCGUUUUAUUAUAGAUCAACACUAUAUAACAUAACGAUUAACCCUCAAGUAUCACCCACUGCUACUGAUUGUGCAGAUGGACGUUUUUUUACCUGAAUAAACAUUUUAGCUUUUCAGAAAAAGAAAUUGCAUUACCUUUUUUACUUAUAAUCUAAAUUCAAUUCAAAUAUUUUUCUGAUUUUUACAACUAAACUUAUUAACUCCCACCUGCCACCUUAUCAACAGUAUUGAAAACGAUAAAAUACCUAAUUCUUUAUUGUACUCUGUACCUACGUAUUUCCUGAAUUCUGUUAUAUUAUUUUAAAAUACAGAAUAAAAUGCCUUCAAUUGUCAGUUUUUCAUUACCAGUUAUAGGAUACUGGAAAUCACGAUUGUAGAUAUAUAUAAUAUGUAUAUUUAAAUGUUAUAAUCCAUAAAGAAUAUAGUGUGGGUCCUGAUAAGGUAAUGCGUGUUGCAUCAUUAAAUUAAAACAAUUUUUGCAAUAACUAUCUAAUAAAAUAUAUUGUAUUUUAUACUGUAA